CUUUCCUUUCCUUUUCUCCCGUCCCCGCCCCCCCUCUCUCGGUGGACUCUUCAAUCCCACCAUUAAUGACGUCGUUCCAACGCAAAGUCAUCCCAGUUUCCCCACCUUGAGCUUUUCAUAUUCCCCCCUAUCCACCUCACGAAAAUUAGGAGGAAUUAGGAGCUCCGUUACCAUCACCAUCCCCUCAAAAUCCAUCGUUGCUCCGAUUUUCUUAGAUCGACUUCUCGAUCCUUCCUCUUCCUCCUCUUCCUCUCUUUCUUCUUCUUCCUCAUGCUCUCGGAUCACCUCCAGAAUGGGAUCGAGACGGCGAAGCUCGUGUGGUCUCGCCUUCCGACCGCCGAGGACGACGCGGGGCCUGCGGCGGCGGAGGAGGAGGAGGACGUUUUCGCGAGGAGGAGCAAUGGCGGGAGCGGGAUGGAGAGCCUCGACUACGAGAUCAUCGAGAAUUACGCCUACCGGGAGCAUCAGGCGCAGAGAGGAAAGCUGUGGGUUUCGUAUUAUGUGGUAGUCAAGUGGCUGUUCGCCUUGUUGAUUGGCAUUGGCACUGGAUAUGCUGCUGUUUUCAUCAAUCUUGCUGUCGAGAAUUUCUCUGGCUGGAAAUAUGCUGCAACCUUCUCUAUAAUACAACACUCCUAUUUUGCGGGUUUCUUGGUGUACAUACUUAUCAAUCUAGGUUUAGUCUUUUCUUCAGUAUUUAUUAUCACACAUUUCGCCCCAGCUGCUGCUGGAUCUGGUAUUCCAGAAAUCAAAGGCUACUUAAAUGGAGUUGAUACACACGGGAUCCUUCUUUUUAGGACGCUAGUUGGGAAGAUAUUCGGAAGCAUUGGAUCUGUUGGAGGUGGCCUUGCACUGGGAAAAGAAGGACCACUUGUACACACUGGUGCUUGUAUUGCUUCUCUACUUGGGCAGGGUGGAUCCACAAAGUACCACUUACGUUCCAGGUGGUUACGCAUUUUUGAAAGUGAUCGUGAUCGCCGUGACCUGGUAACCUGUGGAUGUGCUGCUGGUGUUGCCGCUGCCUUUAGAGCUCCUGUUGGUGGUGUACUAUUUGCCCUAGAAGAAGUGACGUCUUGGUGGAGAAGCCAGUUAAUGUGGAGAGUUUUCUUUACAUCUGCUGUUGUGGCUGUCGUCGUAAGAUCUGCAAUGAGCUGGUGCAAGAGUGGGAAAUGUGGUCAUUUUGGUUCUGGCGGCUUCAUAAUCUGGGACAUAUCAGGUGGUCAAGAAGACUACUCUUUUCAGGAAUUGCUGCCCAUGGCUAUUAUUGGGGUUAUAGGUGGUCUUCUUGGAGCCUUAUUCAAUCAGCUAACUCUUUAUAUUACAAAAUGGCGUCGAUCAUAUCUUCAUAAGAAAGGGAGUAGAGUAAAGAUUUUGGAAGUGUGCCUCAUUUCCGUGCUUACCUCUAUUAUAUCUUUUGGAUCACCACUUCUAACGAAAUGCAGUCCAUGCCCUGAUUCAGAUGCUAUUGAAUGCCCUCGUCCACCUGGGACUGAUGGAAAUUUUGUGAAUUUUUACUGUGCCAAGGACAAGGAAUACAACGAUCUGGCCACCAUUUUCUUUAAUACGCAGGAUGAUGCCAUACGCAAUUUAUUUAGUGCAAAAACAUUUCAUGAGUAUAGCGCUCAAAGCCUUCUCACCUUUUUGGUUAUGUUUUAUUCCUUGGCUAUUGUGACAUUUGGCACUGCUGUUCCGGCUGGUCAAUUUGUUCCUGGAAUAAUGAUUGGGUCAACUUAUGGACGUCUUGUUGGAAUGUUUGUGGUCAAAUUUUACAAGCGGCUAAAUGUUGAGGAGGGAACGUAUGCUCUUCUUGGUGCUGCUUCUUUUCUUGGUGGUUCUAUGCGAAUGACUGUUUCCUUAUGUGUCAUUAUGGUUGAGAUUACGAACAACCUGCAACUCUUACCACUAAUUAUGCUUGUUCUUCUUGUAUCAAAGGCUGUUGGUGAUUUUUUCAAUGAAGGAUUAUAUGAAAUGCAAGCCCAGUUGAGGGGUAUUCCUUUACUUGAAUCUAGACCAAAGCAGUACAUGCGUAAUAUGACAGCAAAGGAGGCAUGCAAGACCCAAAAGGUUGUAUGUUUCUCCCGCAUUGUUAAAGUUGCAGAUAUUGUUUCUGUCUUGCGAAGCAACAAGCACAAUGGUUUCCCAGUAGUAGAUCAUCGGCCAAAUGGAGAAACACUUGUGAUUGGCCUCAUACUUCGUAGUCACUUACUGGUGCUUCUGCAAUCUAAGGUAGAUUUUCAGAACAGUCCUUUCCCUUGUGAUCUCAGAGGUGUAUCUAACAGGCACAAUUUUAGUGAUUUUGUGAAACCCGCUUCGAGCAAAGGAAAAUCAAUAGAGGAAAUUCAUCUAGCACAGGAUGAACUGGAGUUGUAUUUGGAUCUUGCCCCAUUCCUAAAUCCUUCCCCUUACAUAGUGCCAGAGGAUAUGUCUUUGGCAAAGGUCUACAAUCUUUUUCGUCAGUUAGGGUUGAGGCAUAUAUUUGUUGUUCCACGUCCUUCUCGCGUUAUAGGAUUGAUAACAAGGAAAGAUUUGUUAGUUGAGGAGAGUGAUGAUUCUGCCACUUUGGAGUUACAAUCGACUAGUGUAAGAGCUCAACGUCCACGUGAAAGGUUGGUCAUGCAACAUGUACAACAACCAGAGCACCCUCUUCUCAGUAGUCUUCUGAUCCAACAGUAAAUAGCUAGAACAUUAUACAACGUCAAAACUUGGCAGUGACUCACUUUUUUUAUUUUUAUUUUUUUCCUUCACCAUUGUAUACGAGAUCACAUUAUACCAUUCAUGGAUGUAAUAUGUACACAAGAAUAGACUGAACACGAAGCAGGAGUACUUUGGAACACCCUAAGUUUUAUAUGAGGGGGGCUGUGAAGGUGCCUAUUAAUGAGGGAGAAAGAAAUGGGUGUAAGAUAGCAAAUCACAUAGUUGCCAUCAAUUAUUCAUCUAUUCCUCAAUGAUUUCUUUUUUUACUUUUUUGUAAAGCAUUUGUUCAUCAAUCCCUUUUUAUUUCU